AUGUUAGAUCAAGUCAUAAACAUAACUCUAGUUAACCUAAACUAUCAAAUUAUUUUACAGAUAUUAAUGAACAUAAAUAAAAUUUCUCCAAAGUCGGUCAGGAAACAUUAAAAAAAUGGGAUUUCUUUUCUGAUCCAUUAACAGUCCACUUACAUGUAAUACUCCAUUUUCAACUUAUUUAUGAUUCUUUAUCCAAUUCCAAAUUGUUAUUGA